GUUUGUGUUUUUCCUUCUGUACAAAAAUUACGAAAUGUCCAUUGAAACGCUGUACACAUCGGCGGCAUGUAAUCGUACUCCGGAUUCGUUGGAUUGGGGUCCGGAUGGGUUGAUUUAUUUCGCCGCUAACAACGCUAUUGCCGUGUUCGAUCCAAAGUACCACGAUUCGGUAAAAAUCGUGCGAACAUUAAUCGGUCACAAUGCAAGGGUAAAUACGGUACGCGUAGUUCGUAAUGGAAGCGAAUGCCACGGUGGAAUUCAUCUUGUUUCUGGUUCGGAUGAUGGAACUUGCAUACUGUGGAACACCAAGGAGAAGGGUGUUGAAGCUAAUCCUGCACGAUUCGUGCUGAAAGGACACUCGAAGGGUGUUACGGUGGUAGAUGCAUUUGUUGAUUCCACGAACAGUUUAAUCGUUGCUACCGGAUCAAUUGAUAGUUCUAUCAAAUUAUGGAAUUUUGCGAACGGAACCGCUUUCGAAUGCUUUCAAACGAUCGACUUACGAUCGGGGCUUACGUUCGGAAUGAAAUUGUUCAGCUUGCCGCGGUCUAACGCCAUUAUGCUUGCAUAUACAACGGACACGGAUGUAGUAAACUUAUGUGUGGAUCAGGCAGAACGCGACACCGGAUCACGCUUUGUGCAGGUGGAACAGCUAAAGGGACACUUUGACUGGGUGCGCGGGUUGGAUUGCGUUCGAUUGGCGGAUAAUGAGGAUUGCCUGUUGGCCAGCUCGUCACAGGAUACCUUCAUUCGCUUGUGGCGCAUUUCGCCAAGGGGAUCAUUGCAAAAGCAAAAGGAUUUUGAAGAAAUUCGUCACGAUGAGGAUAUAACAAUUGAGGAACGUACGUUUACCGUUCGUACAGUGGAUGGUGUUGAAUAUCAUUAUGCCCUUUCGCUGGAAUCGGUACUUCAGGGUCACGAAGGAUGGGUAUAUGGAGUGCAUUUUUCUACCCGUGAUGGUAAGCUACACCUGCUAUCAAGCUCUAUCGACAAGAGCUUAACCGUGUGGACGCCGUCCGAGAGCGGUGUUUGGGUGGAAAGUGUACGAGUGGGUGAAGUUGGCGGAUCUUCGCUCGGGUUUUAUGGAGGGAAAUUUUCGCCCAACGGGAAGUCCAUAAUUGGUCAUGGAUUUCAGGGUAGCUUUCAUCUGUGGCAUGAAGAUGAUGAGCAGCCGGGGCUGUGGAAACCAGGAACCAUUUUGGGAGGUCACUUUGCCGGAGUGAGAGAUCUUGCGUGGGAUCCAGUCGGUGGAAUGUACGUAGUGACGCUUUCCGCCGAUCAAACCACGCGCAUCCAUGCACCGUGGAGGAGAAAGGACACAGAAACCUGGCACGAGAUAGGACGGCCACAAGUGCACGGUUAUGAUAUGCAGUGUUUGACGUUACUUUCACGCUAUCGCUUGGCCAGCGCAGCAGAGGAGAAAAUCAUACGAAUUUUUCAAGCACCGUCUAAUUUUGUGCAGAAUUUUAGAGCACUUUGUGGCAUUCCGGAUGAUCCAGAGGGUGACGCAGUUCUUGAAAGUAAUCCUAUGGGAGCUUCAGUACCCUCGUUGGGACUCUCCAACAAGGCAGUGUUUGAAGUUGAGCAACCGGAAGCGGAAACCCGACACAUCAAGGACAUGUAUCCGGAACAUUACUUCAGUCCCAUUGUUUUGGAAUCCCCACCAGCAGAAGAGACGUUGAUGCAAAAUACACUUUGGCCCGAAAUUCAGAAACUGUACGGCCAUGGUAACGAGCUUUACGCGAUCGCAUCUUCUUCGGACGGAAACCUCAUUGCAUCCGGUUGUCGCGCAACAUCAGUAGAGCAGGCACAAAUCUUACUCUGGGACACAACAUCGUGGCGCGUUAUUCAGCAUCUUACCGCCCAUCAGCUAACGGUAACACAGCUUGCUUUCUCACCAAACGGUCAAUUCUUACUAGCAGUGUCACGCGAUCGAACGUUUUCCGUGUUUCGCCGCGAGACGAGCGGAUUCGAGUUGCUCAUGCGUUCCGACAAAACGAAAGGCGUACACACGCGAAUAAUCUGGUGCUGUGAUUGGUCACACGAUUCGAACCUUUUCGCAACGGGAUCCCGAGAUGGGAAGGUUGUUGCAUGGAUGGCUGGCAAAGAAGAACAGCAGUCGACUGAUUCUGAGGCGCCUAUUGUACAACGAGCAAUUUUGGAGCUUAAAAAUGAAUCAAUAACCGCAAUUGCAUUCGCCAGAAGGAAACUGUCCGACGAUCGGUACUUGGUGGCUAUUGGGCUUGAGAGUGGCGUGAUUAAAUUGUACGCGUUGGGCCAGUGGGAUCUUCUGUUUAACCUACCAGAAUCGAUUGCCCAUCAUAUGACGGUCAAGCGCCUAUCAUUCCGACCACAUGUAGAGAACCAUCAGCUUGCUAGCUGUGGAGAGGAUGGAUUUGUUCGAGUGUAUGGCGUAAAGUUGUAGAAGAAGAAACAAGAAACGUUUAUUGCAAAUAAAUUACAUUUUA